AUGGUUGAUUGUUGUUGUUGUUGUAUUCCGGUUCGGUUAGGUACUAUCAUCCUUGCUGUAAUCACCUUGGUUAUUUCAAUAUCAGGAGCAUCCGCUUAUUUAGGGAAACCUGAUGUGAUUUUGCCUGGAUUUCCACAUGGUGUCGCCACGCUUUUUGGAUUUUUAUUCAUUCUUAUGGCAUUAAUUUCGAUAUUUGGAAUCAUUGGAUCAUUUUUUAGUUCUCCUGGAGCUGUUAAACUUUUCGAAUGGAUGCUAUGGGGAUUUGUACUAGCAUUCGUUAUAAUGGCAGGAGUUACUAUUUACAGUACAAUUAAAAAUAAACAAUUAGCAAUUGAUAAUUGUAUAGCAGAUCUUCAACAAGAUGCAGAUAAAACUUUCGGAGACAUUAAUAGUUCUAAUGCUGACAAAGUUGUUAUAAGCGAUAUAACCAACACUACUACCAGCGCAAUUAAUGAUAAAAUAUCAGGAAACUUUCCUGAUAUUUGUAAAGAACGUAUAAGAAUAAAAAUCUGGGUUACAAUUAUCGUUUCUUUAAUAAUAACAUUAUUUGGGGCUUAUUUCGCUGGAGUUGUUUCUCGUUUCGCUGAUGCCAUCAAACCUAGAAAUAAACGUAACAUUCCUACUUCUCACGUUGCUAAUUUACCGGAUACCAAAUACACCCCAACUCUUAAAGAAGAUGAAAAUAAAAUAUCUCCUUAA